GCGUCAAUACAAAUCGCUGUUUCUUGCUGCCUCUGACCAUGGAUGCAGGCUCGGGCUCGAUGUCACCGGAGAGGAUCAGCCGGCGGGGUGCGCCGGCGUCGCGGCCGCCGCUCCAGGAGGCAGGGUCAAGGCCCUACAUGCCGUCUCUGUGCUCGGCGUCCCGCAACCCUGCCGUCAAGUGCUACGGGGACAGGUUCAUCCCGGUCAGAUCGGCGAUGGACAUGGACAUGGCGCACUACCUUCUGACCGAGCCAAGGAAGGACACGAAGAACGCCGCGACGCCGUCGCCGGCCAAGGAGGCGUACCGCAAACUGCUGGCCGAGAAGCUGUUCAACAACCGCACCAGAAUUCUCGCCUUCCGGAACAAGCCGCCGGAGUCUGAGAACAUCCUCACAGAGCUCCGUGCUGAUGCAGCUUCUAUCCAGGCCAGGCCGGCGAAGAAGCGCCGUUACAUCCCUCAGUCUGCCGAGAGGACUCUGGAUGCACCAGACCUCGUUGAUGAUUACUACCUCAACCUACUGGACUGGGGAAGCAGCAACGUGCUGUCCAUUGCGUUGGGCAACACGAUAUACCUCUGGAAUGCUGCAAAUGGGUCUACGUCUGAGCUCGUUACCUUUGAUGAAGACGAUGGCCCUGUCACUAGUGUUAGCUGGGCUCCUGAUGGCCGCCACAUUGCUGUUGGCCUCAACUCUUCAACUGUCCAGCUCUGGGAUUCCACCUCUAAACGACUGCUGAGGACACUGCAAGGCGUGCAUGAGUCAAGAGUGGGUUCACUGGCAUGGAAUGGCAACAUACUGACCUCUGGUGGUAUGGACGGCAAGAUUGUGAACAAUGAUGUGAGGAUCAGGAACCAUGCUGUGCAGACAUACCGCGGGCACGGCCAGGAGGUGUGUGGACUCAAGUGGUCAGGAUCGGGACAGCAGCUGGCCAGUGGCGGCAACGACAACCUCCUCCACAUAUGGGAUGUGUCUAUGGCAUCCUCUGUACAAUCCGCAGGUCGCACCCAAUGGUUACACAGACUUGAGGACCACUUGGCUGCCGUGAAGGCGCUCGCAUGGUGCCCAUUCCAGAGCAACCUGCUGGCAUCCGGUGGCGGCGGAAGUGACCGGUGCAUCAAGUUUUGGAACACACACACAGGCGCAUGCCUCAACUCUGUCGACACCGGGUCACAAGUGUGCGCUCUACUCUGGAAUAAGAAUGACAGGGAGCUGUUAAGCUCACAUGGAUUCACUCAGAAUCAGCUCACCCUAUGGAAGUACCCUUCAAUGGAUAAGAUGGCUGAACUCACCGGCCAUACUUCCCGUGUCCUUUUCAUGGCCCAGAGCCCUGAUGGUUGCACAGUAGCAUCUGCUGCAGGAGAUGAGACCCUACGUUUUUGGAAUGUAUUUGGGACUCCUGAUGCUCCUAAGGCUGCAGUCAAGGCUUCACACACCGGGAUGUUCAACAGUUACAACCAUAUCAGAUAAGGAGAAAUGACUUAAUUGAUUCCCAUGACUGGUGUGAGGUGAUCUUGACAAAAAGUAGCAGUUUACAUGCAAAAAGUAGUUGCAUCACAAGUUCUUAGGAGACCAUCAGGAGUUCCAGGACCGUUGAUGUGAAUGGAGGGACCAUCAUGAGCUAAUUCCAGAACUGUCGAUAUGGAUGCAGACAAUAAACAAAGCUGUAAAUCAUUAGAGGCGCCAUCAUAAGCUUAUUUUACUUAGAGAAACAUCUGUGUGUACUUCAUUUUGUGUAUUGAAUUGUCUCUGUACUUCAGUUUUCUCGUAUGCUGGUAACUUUGGUUGCUGUUUGC